AUGUCCUAUAACGACCAAAACCACUACUACGGUCAGGACGGUCAGCAGCAACCGCACCAGCAACCUCAACAGGGUGGUGAGUAUGCUGAUGACGCCUACCAGCAGGGCUACGGCCAGCAGGCGCAGUUUGACGAGUACGGUCAACCGAUCUAUGCUCAGGAUCAUUAUGAUCCGGAAGCUGCAGCGCAUUACGACCCCAACGCUGCCGAUUAUUACGCCCAACAGGGCUAUGAUCCGGAAUCCAUGGAGUAUGCGCAAGGCAACGCCUACUACGAACAACCUCGCGGCAUGGGCCAAGACCCUGAAAACUUCUCCGAUUUCAGUUACGGUCCUCCUGCGACUCCUGGCUACGACGGGUACGGUACACCAAAUGCAGGCCAAUAUACGCCCUCGCAAAUGAGCUACGGUGAACCCAGAUCGUCGGGUGCUUCAACACCAAUCUAUGGUGGCGAAGGUUUCGACUCUUCAGCUAUCGCCAUGGCUUUGCCCAACGAACCUUACCCAGCUUGGACUGCCGAUAAUCAGUCUCCAGUCACUAUCGAGCAGAUCGAAGAUGCUUUCAUUGACCUUGCCAAUAGAUUCGGAUUUCAGAGAGACUCUAUGAGAAAUAUGUUUGACCAUUUCAUGACUCUCCUCGAUUCCAAAGCCUCUAGAAUGUCUCCACAACAAGCUCUUCUGUGUUUGCAUGCGGACUACAUCGGUGGUGAUACCGCGAAUUACAAAAAGUGGUAUUUCGCCGCCCAGCUGGAUAUGGACGACGAAGUUGGAUUCCGUAACAUGAGUUUGGGUAAACUCUCCAGAAAAGCAAGAAAGGCUAAGAAGAAGAAUAAGAAGGCUAUGAAAGAGGCACAGGAGGAAGAAAACGGCGAUACUGAAGCUAUGUUGAGUCAACUUGAAGGUGACAACUCUUUGGAAGCGGCCGACUUCAGAUGGAAGGCCAAGAUGAACAAAUUAUCCCCACUGGAAAUGGUACGUCAUGUCGCCCUGUACCUCAUGAUCUGGGGUGAAGCUAAUCAAGUUAGAUUCACAUCCGAAUGUUUGUGUUUCCUAUACAAGUGCGCCUCUGAUUACUUGGACUCCCCCUUGUGUCAGCAACGUACAGAGCCAAUGCCCGAAGGUGACUAUUUGAACAGAGUCAUCACCCCACUUUACCUUUACAUCAGAUCUCAGGUUUACGAGGUUGUCGAUGGUCGUUUCGUGAAGCGCGAAAGAGACCACAACAAGGUGAUUGGUUACGAUGACGUCAAUCAACUCUUUUGGUACCCAGAAGGUAUCGCCAAAAUUGUAUUUGAAGAUGGCACUCGAUUGAUCGAUUUGCCGGCCGAGGAACGUUACUUGAGACUUGGCGAAGUCAGUUGGAAUGACGUCUUCUUCAAGACCUACAAAGAAACCCGUUCCUGGUUCCAUUUGAUAACCAACUUCAACCGUAUUUGGGUCAUUCAUGGUUCCAUAUAUUGGAUGUAUGCGGCUUACAAUGCUCCCACCUUGUACACCAAGAACUAUCAGCAGCUUCUGGAUAACCAGCCUUUGGCAGCUUACAGAUGGAGUUCACCUGCCUUGGCUGGUACUUUGGCUUGCAUUAUUCAGCUUGUCGCAACCAUUUCCGAGUGGUUUUUCGUUCCCCGUAAAUGGGCUGGUGCUCAGCACUUGUCCCGUAGGUUUUGGUUUUUGGUUUUGAUUACUGCCAUUAAUUUGGGUCCUAUUAUAUUCGUUUUCGCCUAUGACAAACUAGAUGUGAAAUCUCAAGCGUCGCAUGUUGUGGGUGCUGUGAUGUUUUUUGUUGCCCUUGCUACGGUGAUUUUCUUCUCUAUCAUGCCAUUGGGAGGUCUAUUCACCUCUUACAUGCAGAAGUCGACAAGACGCUACGUUGCUUCUCAGACGUUUACCGCAUCUUUUGCUCCUUUGAAAGGCCUUGACAUGUGGAUGUCCUACCUACUUUGGGUCACUGUUUUCGCUGCCAAAUUCGCGGAAUCUUAUUUCUUCUUGAUCAAAUCAUUAAGAGACCCUAUCAGAGUAUUGACAACCACUUCGAUGAGAUGCAAAGGGGAGUUCUGGUUCAAUGCCACUCUCUGCACCAUACAACCCAAGAUUGUCCUCGGGCUAAUGAUUGCCACAGAUUUUAUUCUCUUCUUUUUGGAUACCUUCAUGUGGUAUGUUCUCUGUAACAUGGUUUACUCGAUCGGUAGAUCGUUCUACCUAGGUAUUUCGAUCCUCACACCCUGGAGAAACAUUUUCACGAGAUUGCCAAAGAGAAUUUACUCCAAGAUUUUGGCUACCACUGACAUGGAAAUCAAGUACAAGCCUAAGGUUUUGAUCUCUCAGAUUUGGAAUGCCAUUGUGAUUUCAAUGUACAGAGAACAUCUGCUCGCUAUCGACCACGUUCAAAAGCUGCUUUAUCAUCAAGUUCCCUCUGAGAUUGAGGGUAAGAGAACUUUGAGAGCUCCAACCUUUUUUGUUUCUCAGGAUGACAACAACUUCGAGACGGAGUUUUUCCCAAGAGAUUCCGAGGCCGAGCGUCGUAUUUCUUUCUUUGCUCAGUCGCUUGCUACUCCAAUCCCAGAACCACUUCCUGUCGACAAUAUGCCAACUUUCACUGUCUUGACUCCUCAUUACUCGGAAAGAAUCUUGCUUUCCUUGAGAGAGAUUAUUCGUGAAGAUGAUCAGUUUUCCAGAGUCACCUUAUUGGAGUACUUGAAACAGCUUCACCCUGUCGAAUGGGACUGUUUCGUGAAAGACACUAAAAUUCUCGCAGAAGAAACAGCUGCUUACGAGGGAACCGCCGAAGACCUUGAAAAAGAGGGCGAAGUAGGUAUCAAAUCUCAAAUUGAUGAUUUGCCAUUUUACUGUAUUGGUUUCAAGUCUGCUGCUCCGGAGUAUACAUUGCGUACCAGAAUCUGGGCAUCCUUGAGAUCACAAACACUAUACCGUACUGUAUCUGGUUUUAUGAACUACGCUAGAGCCAUCAAGCUUCUUUACAGAGUCGAAAACCCUGAAAUUGUUCAGAUGUUUGGUGGUAAUGCCGAGGGACUAGAAAGGGAACUUGAGAAGAUGGCUAGAAGAAAGUUCAAGUUUUUGGUUUCUAUGCAAAGAUUAGCCAAGUUCAAGCCUCACGAAUUAGAAAAUGCUGAAUUCUUGUUGAGAGCAUACCCCGAUCUGCAAAUUGCAUACUUGGACGAAGAGCCACCUUUGAACGAAGGCGAAGAACCUAGAAUUUACUCUGCCUUGAUUGAUGGACAUUGUGAAUUGUUAGCGAAUGGUCGCAGACGCCCUAAGUUCAGAGUUCAACUAUCCGGUAACCCAAUUUUGGGUGAUGGUAAAUCCGAUAAUCAAAACCAUGCCAUGAUCUUUUACAGAGGUGAGUACUUGCAGUUGAUUGACGCUAACCAGGAUAACUACUUGGAAGAAUGUCUGAAGAUCAGGUCUGUAUUGGCUGAAUUUGAGGAAUUGAAUGUUGAACAGAUUAACCCCUACGCUCCUGGCUUGAAAUACGAAGACCAAUCCACGAAUCACCCUGUUGCCAUCGUCGGUGCUAGAGAAUAUAUCUUUUCUGAAAACUCCGGUGUGCUGGGUGAUGUCGCUGCUGGUAAAGAACAGACUUUUGGUACCUUGUUUGCUCGUACCCUUGCUCAAAUUGGUGGUAAGCUCCACUAUGGUCACCCCGAUUUUAUUAACGCAACUUACAUGAAUACUAGAGGUGGUGUUUCCAAGGCUCAGAAAGGAUUGCACUUGAACGAAGAUAUCUACGCUGGUAUGACUGCUGUCUUACGUGGUGGCCGUAUCAAACAUUGUGAAUACUACCAGUGUGGUAAAGGUAGAGAUUUGGGCUUUGGCACAAUUUUGAACUUUACCACCAAGAUUGGUGCUGGUAUGGGCGAACAGAUGCUGUCUCGUGAGUACUACUAUCUCGGUACACAGUUGCCGCUUGACAGAUUCUUGUCAUUCUACUAUGCUCACCCUGGUUUCCAUUUGAACAAUCUUUUCAUUCAGAUUUCUGUCCAGCUCUUCAUGUUAACUAUGGUGAACUUGAAUGCAUUGGCACAUGAGUCUAUUCUCUGCACUUACGACAGAUACAAGCCUAUUACUGAUGUUUUACAUCCCAUUGGAUGUUACAACUUUGCCCCUGUCAUUGACUGGAUCAGACGUUACACCUUGUCCAUUUUCAUUGUCUUUUUCAUCUCUUUCAUUCCUAUCGUGGUUCAAGAACUCAUUGAGCGAGGUAUCUGGAAAGCCACUCAAAGAUUUUUCAGACAUAUCAUUUCUUUGUCUCCGAUGUUCGAAGUUUUCGCAGGUCAAAUUUACUCUUCUUCUUUAUUGAGUGACUUAACUGUUGGUGGUGCCAGGUACAUUUCCACAGGUCGUGGUUUUGCCACCUCCCGUAUCCCAUUUUCUAUUCUGUACUCUAGGUUUGCUGGAUCUGCAAUUUACAUGGGUGCUAGAUGUAUGUUAGCACUUUUGGCGGGUUCUGUUAUCCAUUGGCAAGCUCCUCUUCUAUGGUUCUGGGCUUCUUUGACUGCUCUUAUUUUCUCGCCUUUCAUUUUCAACCCUCACCAAUUCUCGUGGGAAGAUUUCUUCUUGGAUUACCGUGACUUCAUCAGAUGGUUGUCAAGAGGUAACAACAAAUACCACAGAAACUCCUGGAUCGGGUAUGUCAGAAUGACCAGAUCGAGAGUCACUGGUUUUAAGCGUAAGCUCACCGGUGAUGAGUCUGAAAAGGCAGCUGGCGAUGCCGCUAAGGCUCACAAGUCAAACAUGCUUUUGCCUGACAUUAUUCCAUGUGCAAUUUACGCUGCCGGUUGUUUCGUUGCUUUCACUUUCAUCAAUGCACAAACUGGUGUUAAAGAUGCCGAAUUGGUCAAUUCAACGUUGCGUAUCAUCAUCUGUACCCUAGCGCCAAUUGCUGUUAACAUGGGUGUCCUGUUCUUCUGCGUUUGUCUAUCUUGUUGCUCUGGUCCGCUUUUCGGUCUAUGUUGCAAGAAGACCGGCUCAUCCAUGGCUGGAUUUGCUCAUGCUGUGUCAGUGAUCGUGCACAUUGUUUUCUUCAUUGUGAUGUGGGUUUUGGAAAACUUCAACUUCGGCCGCAUGUUGGUUGGUGUUUUGACCUGCCUGUACAUUCAGAGAUUGAUUUUCAAGGUCAUUACCGUGUUUAUGUUGUCUCGUGAAUUUAAGAACGAUCACGCAAACACAGCAUUCUGGACUGGUAAGUGGUACGGCACUGGUUUCGGCUACAUGGCGUGGACUCAGCCAGCCAGAGAAUUUUUGGCCAAGGUUGUUGAGCUCUCUCAUUUUGCAGGUGACUUUGUGCUUGGCCACUUCAUCUUGUUCUGUCAGUUGCCGCUACUCUUUAUCCCAUACAUUGACAAGUUCCACUCCAUCAUGUUGUUUUGGCUAAAGCCCUCUCGUCAAAUCCGCCCUCCAAUCUACUCCCUCAAGCAGAGCCGUUUGCGUAAGCGGAUGGUGAAAAAGUACUGCUCAUUGUACUUUUUGAUCCUGGUAGUUUUCGCUGCCUGUAUCAUUGGUCCAGCUGUCGCUUCCAAACAGAUUAAGAGCAACUUGAGUGAUAGUCUAAACAACAGCAUUUCGACGAAAACCUUUCAGAAUCUGGUGCAGCCUAAGAACAAAGGACAUGACGAUACUGGUUCCAGUCUCCAGAGUGGUAACCACUUCUACUACACCAUUCCAUCUUCCCUGGCAACAACUUCUUACGCCACCAAGGCUUGA